AUCCACAAGCGAGCGCGGUCUGGGAACGCUCACAGCUGACAGGAACGCGUCGUGGGAUAGUAUUCUCUCGCGCCUUCCUGGCAGAGGACAAAGCGGACUGUGUCGAUACAUCACGCCUCGAUAGCGUGCGCGGUAUAGCAUCGUGUCAACCGUGGACGCUCCAGUGCGGAUUACACCGCUUUCAGCGGACCCGUAAUCUCGUUUCUCCCGAAUUGCGCCCACCUGAGGAACGCUCGAUCAGGCUAUGCUCCGGACAGCCACUAACGAAGACCCGCCCUCGUGAGGCCCCGGGCUUCAACCUCGGGACAUUUUAUAAAGGGGUAGGCAGAGGACGGCAAUCUACCGCUGCGGCAAAUGUUUAAUCUGGAACGUUUCCCGGAACAUCUGGACACCGCUCGAGGCAGACACACCACCCUUCACAGCAGUACAGACAGGAGAUGCGGAGAAAACCACCAUCAUUGACCACCUUGGGGGAGGAGCCUGUCUCGGGUGUUUCUUCGACGCCACUGCUGAUCGUAUUCGUCGUGAUAGCGACAUGGCCGACCUGGGGUGCUCCUACCGUCUGUUACGCCAGCGGACUAAACAAGGACGUCGAAGAGCCGUCCAAGAUCCAUCAAGGUGACUCGUAUUUCCUACCUCGGAAGCCGAACGAUACUGGUGUCGUUAAAGACAGCGGAAGAGGGUUUUUUCCGCCGAGGUGUCCGCUAACCGACUCGUGCAAGAACCGCUGCGGAGAUCCCUCGGAUGAUGAGGAGUACACGUGCCACUGUGACCCAUCUUGCGUAAAAUACGGUGACUGCUGCGUUGACGUCCAAAGGCACUGCUCGCUGGAGCCCUUGGCUGUCGACCCGCCCUCACUGCGCCCUCCUUGCAUGUACGAAACAGAUUUCCCGCUGGACCAGUCCUUCUUCUACGUAUCCACGUGUCCCGACGGUGUAGACCUCAACAGCGACGACGAGGAAGACGACGUAAAGGUUUUGGGCGAAGACGGCAUCGUCUACGCGAAUGACGCGCGCGCUCGUUGCAAUGGCGCGACAAAUGCCGUGCCGCUGGCUCUACUGGACGAUACAGAAGCCGAGAGCGGCAACCAUUCGACACGCUACUUUGUCAGGACCUGCGUGCAGGCCGUUGGCACGUGCAAAAUUAAGAAAACGGUGUUUGGCGAGCGGAACCUGGAAGUCUUGUGCGCGGCAUUCCAGGGUCCCGUGAGGUCGUUCCAGACGCCUAACCGAAAGCGGAAGCUCUACAAGAACGCCUACUGCGCGCUCUGCAACGGCGACGUGCCGGACCUUCGUUGCCCUGGCGGGGUGGCGACCUAUAGCCAAAAAGAAAUGGCGAGCUCGCUGUUCCAGGACACCAGAGAGAAGAGCUACGAGGCCACGGACGACAUUCCUUCGGCUUUUUCCAUUGUCCUCAACUUUGGUUUAGACGGAGUGGAGAAAUACAGGUUCUCUUCGGAAAGCAAAGAAACGAUGAUGCGCAAUGAGCAGCGAUGUAAGGAUGGGUUCAUUUGGGAUCCUUUCGCCGAACUUUGCCGGCAAUUGUAUUGUGGUACUCAGUUCACUUUGGUGAAUUCGAAGUGCAUACAGAAACCUCAGGACAGUGUAGAACACAAUGUCAGUAACGCGUCCCUGUUCAAAGUUAGGAGCACUAACUACAGCCGCAUUACGGUCGUCAUGAAUAUCAGUCUGGAUCGUUCCAGUGACGUACGCAUGGAGGACUUGAAGCAUUCUAUCACCAGCAGUUUUGUUGAAUACUACAACAUAUCUAAUGACAGGAUUAAAAAUAUGGCCGUCACCAUAUUGUGGGAUCCCGAAAGAGUGCAACAGUACCUAGAAAACUCGGACAACGUGUUAGUAGUUGAAGAGGGCAACUACGAGCACGAAGACGGCUACGUACCAGAUCCUGCCAAUAGCAGCGGCUCGCCGGCGACUUUGAUUGCGCACUUCGACCUUUACGAACCCACGAAAGACGAUCUCGAACCUUCAAUAAGCUCGAUAAUCGAUUCACUGGCGGGAAGCUUCAGCGUUAACUCGAUUCUCCUCAAAGAACUCAACACGACGGCAGCGGUGAGUAGCGUGCUGUCGAAGCCGCUUGUCCUCGACGACUGGUGCGGCGAACAGGACGGAGGCAUAUGGCGCGAGUACUGGAACGACGAAUUCGUGUUCCUGCCCAGAACCGAGAACGGCACGGGCAUCGGCAAGGUGUACGUGAACAAGACUGGUCGGGUCUUCAAGACGGGAGACUUCGUGGCCAACGUCCUCAUCCGAGUCACCGGCGACCAGAAAUCGCCGGUGACCACUAACAGCAUUGUGAUCGUGUGCGACCGCGGAACAGGACUUCCCAGGUCGUGUCCCUGCGUGGAAUUCAACAUGACGCAAGUGAAGAUAUUCGAGAACGACACGCUCAUGCUCUACGCCGGACCUGGCCCUCUUUCCGUCGCGUGCCGCCACUACCAGCUCAUGCCUUACGGAAAGGUGUGCCUCUGCUUGGACGAACUGCGACAGGGGCUCAGAAUCCGUGGCCAGCUAUUCGACGGACCAAUCAUGGCCCUCAUCAGCCUCGUGCUGAGCGCCAUAUCGCUACUGUGCCUCGUGCUCGUGCUAACCACUUACUCGCUGUUCGCCGAGCUUCGCAAUCUACCAGGAUGGAACAUCAUCUUUCUGACCGGCUCGCUCUUCGUCAUGCAACUGGCUUUCCUGCUGAGCCAGCGACAGUCCGUGCAGGGCGUAGCCUGUAGAGCGGCGGCCAUCGUCUGCCACUACACGGUCAUCAACUCCUUCUUCUGGAUGAACGUCCUCGCUUACGACCUGUACAAGACAUUCAGGACGAGUGGCAGUUCCAUGGGUGGCACACGCAAGGUUUUCCGCCACCUGCCCUUCUACAUGCUGUACGCCUUCGGCACGCCGCUCGCCAUCGUGGGCGCAUGCGUGGCAUUGGACUACUUCGAUACCCUGCUGUCCCCGUCGUAUGGCUUGUUCGGCGUCUGUUGGAUCGUGAACAAACUGUCCGCGCUGGCAUUUUUCGCCGUGCCCGUGGCGGUGCUCCUACUGCUGAACUUUGUCUUCUACGUCAUGACCGUCUACUCUGUGCAUAGCGUAGCCAGGCAGAAGCCGGGCACCAUCCUGCGCCGCCACAGCGACAAGGGCCCGGCAACGGCGGCCACGUACGUGCGCAUGGCGACCGGCAUGGGCCUGACCUGGGUGUUCGGCUUCGUCGCGGCUUUCGUGCGCAGCUCCGAAGCCGCCAGGACCGCCUUCACCUACCUGUUCAUCGUGUGCAACACGCUGCAGGGCCUGUUCCUGUUCUACGCGUUCGUGUGCAACCGGAAGACGUACCACCUGUACAGGGCGCUGUUCUGCAACGUGCGCCGCGGAGCCCGAGCCAAGCUCAGCACUUCCAGCUCCGUCAGCUCCGUCUCCACGGUCACCAGCCAGGCCAGCUUGGCUUCCGUGCGCUCUACGCAGUCGGCACGAACAGCGAACCAAUGAGCCGCCAGCGACGAGCUCCUUCGUACUUGCAAAACGCGAGGGGGCGUAUACGUAUACGGUGCAUAUGCAAAUCAUAUAUGCUCCACAGUGUCGGGAACAUGUAUACACGAAUGCACAAUGUACGCGGCACAGAUGACCAGUGUUGGUACAUUGAUCGAACAGUUCGAAGGGACAAAAACGACAGAAGAGCACAGGACGAGCGCAUUUCUAUCAUCGGAAAGGUUUUAUUAGAGACGGGUCAAUGCGUGAAUGAGCGCCUAAGGCGUAACAAUGGAUUUCUCUGAAAGGGACGCCAACUUCCUAUUUGUCUCGGCAUCGUCGAGAUUGCAGCUGCCUCCAAGGUUGGACGAAACCAACAUUCCCUUUAAACACGUGAAACCGUCGAGGCGUUUUCUCACUGAAUACAAUUAACAAUAACACACUUGUGAGAGUCAAGCUUCCGUCACCAUGCACGAUGUACCUAUAUGGCGAGAUCAAUAAAUAAAUAAAUAAAUAAAUAAAUAAAUAAAUAAAUAAAUAAAUAAAUAAAUAAAUAAAUAAAUAAAUAAAUAAAUAAAUAAAUAAAUAAAUAAAUAAAUAAAUAAAUAAAUAAAUAAAUAAAUCAUCGAGUUUAAUUACAUCGUGUAGAUGUGGGAAAGCUUCGGCAAAAAAGCGAAACAAUUCGCUAGAAGAAAGCCCAAGCCCCCUUAUACAAGGCACACAACAGCAGCAUACAAGCUUGUUACAUGUAUACAUGGAUGAUGGAUAAUGUAUGUAUGUCAAUUUACAGUUUCUGAGAAUGUAACAAAUAAGUUACACGAUUAUAUAAAUUUUACAAGGCACUAGCUUGUAUUUUCUGCUUUAACACCGUUAGGUAAUUUAUGUGUUCUCAGAAAUACAGAGAAGCAUUUGUUUUAAAAAUAAGCAUUCUGUUACAAUUGAUUUUCAUAAAACAAACUGCAACAAUGGCCUUGAACUCUCUACUUGGGGUUGGAAAAGCAACAAAAUCACACACACACACACACAAAAAGUAUUUCAGCACAAUUGUGUUUGUCCAUGAUUUCCACGAGAUGAUUUCCUGAAGCCUGUUCUGGAACAGAUAAAUUGGAAUGUAAUCCCACCUUCGUCUGCGCCGCUGACAAGUUAUGGUCAUUCGGCAUGCGCACGCGUAAUUGUGCUUCGCAUUUAUAUGUCAGUCUCCAAUAAAACCCUUUCAGUUGACGGAAAGCGCUCGCCCUCUUUGUCCCUUCGCGCUUUCCUAAUAAUGAAACCACACCAACUUGCCCAAUUCGCCAUUUUGUUGACCAGUGUUGGGCAUCGAUAGCUGCACUUCUACUACGAAGUGCUUCGCCUUCCAGACUAAAAGCGGGUCAAGCGCUGCUAUACACGUGACUAACGUACAUGAGCCAGAGACUGAUUUCACAAACCUUCUCGUUGGUAAGAGCGGUCUAUCACUGGCCGGCUGCCAUCGCUAAAAAUAGGACCAACACCACGAUUAUCUAGCAUCUACUCAGGAACUAGUCUGGUAUAAGAGCGUUUUUUUCUUUCUUUCUUUUUUUUUUUUUUUU